AUGACCGUUCUGAAGAAGAUGGUGUCGAAGAAUAAGCUUCGCUUCGAGCAGGACGGUUUCAGCUUGGAUCUUGCGUACAUAACGCCGAGGAUCAUUGCAAUGGGCUUCCCGUCGGAAGGGAUGGAAGGCUCCUACAGGAACCACGCGGACGAUGUAUACAGAUUCUUCGAGACGAGGCAUUCGGAUCGCUACCUGAUCUUCAACCUGUGCUCGGAGAGAACUUACGAUCACUCGCGGUUCAACGGGAGGGUGGAGCACUACCCCUUCGACGACCAUAACCCCCCGCAGUUCGAGAUGAUGAGGCCCUUCUGCUUCAGUGCGCAGAGGUGGCUGGCCCAGUCAGAGCACAACAUCAUUGCGGUGCAUUGCAAGGCGGGGAAGGGACGGACGGGAGUGAUGAUCGUGGCGUACUUGCUCCACUGCGGAACAUGCUCGACAGCGGAAGAGGCCAUGAAGUUUUAUGGUCAGGCGCGAACGAGGGACGGGAAGGGAGUCACGAUCAGAAGUCAGAGGAGGAGGGUGGGAGGUGUAUAUGAGCUCCAGUGA